AUGCAUUUGGGGCGGGCCAAUGCGGGGGUGGGGAGGGAACGGACGGACGGACGGACGGACGGACGGGGAGAGAAGGAAACUCUAUUAAUAUCUAUCUAUCUAUCUAUCUAUCAUCUAUCUAUCUAUCUACCACAGUCUAUUAAUAUCUAUCUAUCUAUCUACCACAGUCUAUUAAUAUCUAUCUAUCUAUCUAUCUAUCUACCGCAGUCUAUUAAUAUCUAUCUAUCUACCGCACUAGCUAUCUACCAAAGUCUAUUAAUAUCUAUCUACCUACCACAGUCUAUUAAUAUCUAUCUACCAAAGUCUAUUAAUAUCUAUCUAUCUAUCGAUCCAUCUAUCUAUCACAGUCUAUUAAUAUCUAUCUAUCUACCACAUCUAUCAAUAUCUAUCUAUCUACCACCGUCUAUUAAUAUCUAUCUACCACCGUCUAUUAAUAUCUAUCUACCACAGUCUAUCAAUAUCUAUCUAUCUACCACAGUCUAUUAA